AUGAAUAAAAGUAUAAAUUUAUUGACAAAAUUAGCUAUUCCAAUGGGUAUGGCUAUAACAUUAGCGGAUUAUUCGAUGUACGAUGUUCAAGGUGGUACACGAGGUGUGAUCUUUGAUCGUCUAAGCGGUGUUAAAAGCACGGUUGUUGGGGAGGGCACACAUUUUUUGAUUCCUUGGUUACAACGUGCAAUCAUCUACGACGUUAGAACAAAGCCAAAGAGUAUCGCUACUAAUACAGGUACAAAGGAUUUGCAAAUGGUUUCACUGACACUACGUGUACUACAUCGUCCUGAUGUUCAGCAACUACCACGUAUCUAUCAAAAUUUAGGUUUGGAUUACGACGAGAGAGUUCUUCCAUCCAUCGGUAAUGAAGUUUUGAAAAGUAUCGUGGCCCAGUUCGAUGCAGCCGAGUUAAUCACACAGAGAGAAAUUGUAUCGCAAAAGAUUAGAAAAGAAUUAUCGCAACGUGCCAAUGAAUUUGGUAUCAAAUUAGAAGAUGUCUCUAUUACCCAUAUGACAUUUGGUGCGGAAUUCACAAAGGCUGUUGAACAGAAACAGAUUGCACAACAAGAUGCAGAGAGAGCUAAAUUUUUGGUGGAGAAGGCAGAGCAAGAGAGACAGGCUUCUGUUAUUCGUGCAGAAGGUGAGGCGGAAUCCGCAGAAGUCAUCUCCAGGACGUUGGAACGUGUUGGAGAUGGUUUGCUGUUGAUUAGAAGAUUGGAAGCGUCCAAGGAAAUUGCAAGAACUUUAAGCCAAUCGCCAAAUAUAACCUAUUUACCUAACGGUAAGCCAAAUACUGGAAGUGGCAAGACAGGUAAUAAUGAUUCAAGUAGUUCCACAACUAACAUGCUUUUAAAUUUAGGCAGAGGCUAA